UUUUCUGAAGAGAAUCUGGCAGUGACUCUCUCCAGUUCCUUUUGAUCUUGUUAGAUAGCAAAAUUAACUUCCUAGUAGAUUAGUAAGUGAAGUAAAGGAUCUGUAUCUUUGUUUUCCAUAAAAAUAUCUACUCUGCUCUCUGGUUCUCUGCAUCUUGUUCUUCUCCAGGAGGAGGGAACAGUAUGGAAACCAGAAACACCAACUGUUUCCAUUCCCUUUCAUUGCCUGGAGAUCUGAAGACGACCGUUUAUUCAGCUCUAUGAGGGCAUCUGAAACCAUGAAAGAUGGGACUUCGAAGAAAAGCAAGCUCUCAUGGUCCAAGUCCCUUGUAAGAUGGUUCAACAUCAAGAACAAAGCUGACGACUUCCAUUCAGAUUAUGUCAGUAGAGGAGGCGAUGAGGAAUGGCGGGUCAGCAUCACAGGGACAGAAGCUUACUCUGUCAAGCAAAGCAAAACAGAGAGAUUGUCCAGGAAGAAGUCCGAUCAAGUUCGACGAGGAAAGAUCGAUCUUGUUGCAGCUGAAGUCACCGAAACCCAGCACUACAGGAUCUUCGUUGCAACAUGGAAUGUAGGUGGGAACUCCCCAAAAGGUAGUCUGAAUCUUGAUGAUUGGCUCCAAGCCUCACCUGCUGCAGACAUAUACGUCCUGGGAUUUCAGGAAGUUGUUCCUCUCAAUGCGGGAAAUGUUUUGGGGGCAGAAGACAAUGCUCCUGCAAGGAAAUGGGUUGCUCUCAUUAGGAAGACCCUCGACGGUCUUCCCGGCAAUGGCAGCAGCAGCAGCUACCAGACACCCUCCCCUGUCCCAAACCCAAUCAUGGAGUUGGACGACGACUUCGAAGGCGCGACGACGUCGAGACACCAGCAUUUGCUCCACCGCCGCUCGUUCCAGUCCUUGAGCCGUAGUUUGAGGAUCGACGGGGACGUCUUGGCCCCGCAGCCCCGGUUAGAUCGCCGGCACAGCAUCUGCGAGCGUGUCAUUUUCGCAAACAGGCCAAGUGAUUACGACCCCAGCUAUCGAUGGGGUGGCUCCGACGACGACGACGACAACAUCAGUGGAGAUUACUCCCCUAGCAUGGCAGCACACUACUCGCCCAUGUCGUAUGGCCACGCAGCUUCCUCAUCCAUGGAGGGGCGAGAUAGACCAGGACAUCCAAGGUAUUGUUUGGUGGCAAGCAAGCAGAUGGUGGGGAUAUUUCUCACUGUAUGGGUGAGAGGAGAUAUAAGAGAGAGCAUAAGGAACCUAAAGGUCUCCUGUGUUGGUAGAGGUUUGAUGGGUUAUCUUGGGAACAAGGGUUCGAUUUCGAUUAGCAUGUGUUUGCACCAAACAAGCUUCUGCUUCAUCUGCAGCCAUUUGACUUCUGGGCAGAAGGAUGGAGAUGAGCUGCGGAGGAACUCUGAUGUGAUGGAGAUCCUGAGAAAGACCAGGUUCCCUACGGUUCAUGGUGACAGGUCACCUGAGACCAUCCUUCAGCAUGAUCGAAUAAUUUGGCUUGGAGAUCUAAAUUACCGCGUUGCUCUUUCGUAUCGCGCGGCCAAGGUACUUGUCGAAAUGCGUAACUGGAAAGCACUGCUGGAAAAAGACCAGCUUCGGAUAGAAAGGAGGUGUGGCCGCGUCUUCCGGGGAUGGAACGAAGGAAGAAUAUACUUCCCUCCCACAUACAAGUAUUCAAACAACUCGGACCGCUACGCUGGAGAUGACAUGAACCUCAAAGAGAAGCGUCGAACGCCUGCAUGGUGCGAUCGCAUCUUAUGGUAUGGAAGAGGCCUCAACCAGCUCUCCUACGUUCGUGGCGAGUCCAGGUUCUCUGAUCAUAGACCUGUUUCUAGCAUUUUUACAGCAGAAGUCGAGUCGAUUAAUCACCGCCGAAUACAGAACAUGGAUUGCGCUGGCUCUCAAGUAGACAUCGAAGAGCUUUUGCCCUUCUCAAAUGGUUACACAGAUCUCGGUUUCUUUUAAAGAUUGCAAGCGGUCAGAUGCUCUAAGCUCUAUCCAUCCAGAGUUCCUAGAGAACAAUCUCUGCAAUCAAACCAAGUUCAUAGACGUAUUUGCUUGUGGAAGACUGAUAGUAAACCUGGAUCACUGAAUCAAAAGUCAGCAACAUUUUGCUGUGGUCUUCUGACUGAUGGAAGAAGAGACUUCCCGUGAAGACUAAUCGAAGGUUGGGUGCAUUCAACCCUCAUAAUUCUUGACAGACCACGAUAGAUUUCAACAGUCAAAAGAAUAACCAGCAGAAGAAAAGCUACACUUACCCUAUGUAGUUUUCUCGGUCAACAUAACGACUGCAAGGUCCACAUGGAACAAGGAGUUCCUGACAGUCGCUGACUAACACUGACAUGGCAACAGUGGACUAUCAAAUUCACAGGUUAAAUUUUUUGGCAGCUUCUAUCACUUCUUCUUUAUAUAUUCUCUGUGAAGGAACAUGGGAAUUUUGCAGUUUGAGGUGGGGACAAACAGUAAUAACUGGCCAAUUCUUUUUCAUAUUUUACAAGUUGGGGACACUCAUUGCACUGCAGAUAAACUAGUGUUGUAGGUUAUGACACGAGCAUGGUCAAAGAUCUGAGCUGCAAAAGGCUAUUCUUUUUAUAUUUUGUGCAGAUAACCCGUGUUAUUUUCUUUCUUUAGUGUUGGAAGAAUUACAAGAAGAUAUAGAAGUACAGAUAUGAUCGUAACACUUGGAUUAUUGUUCUCUGAAAUCAGACUAAGAGUACAAAUCAAGUUUUUUUUUUUUUUUGAGAAUGUUGUAUCAUAAAGAGAGAGUCUUGUAGUGAUGGUGUAACCUCGUUAAUUCUUUAUUAGAAUCAUGUAGUAAGCUGGAGAUUGGCAUGGGGCUUGUGAUUCUCUCUUGUGAGUGUUGAAGUAACAAAUGGCUGAAUUAUGAUCACUGGGACCAUUAUU